AUGCGCUCCAGUCUCCUGUUUGUGCCGUUUCUGGUGGCUACUGCUGUCUCUACCCCGAAGCCCAACCAUCUCACUCAAAGGGAAACUCUCAUCGAUGACCUCGGCGACCUUCUAGAUUUGGGCAUAUUUGAUCUGAACUCUUUCCUACAUGGCGCACUGGGUCUUCAGCUCUUUGACUCCAUUUCUCCCCAAGCAGCUGCAGCGUUAGCUGGAGCCGCUGAAGGUGGUGUGUCAAGUUCUUUCAACUCUUCAUCCAAGGGUGAACUUCAAACCUGGAUAACUGGCAGUGGAAGUAUCUUCAUGGACCAAUCCGUCAGGUCUGCUGUACAGAACUGGGCUACUAGUGACUCUUCCUCCGUACUUUCGAGCAAUAUACAAGCCGGACUGUCGAUGUACGUUCCUGCUUGCUCUGCAAUUGCCUCGCAAGCUGGAAUCAUAAUCUCAGUUGGCGGUAUUCUAUCUCAACUGAGCGUAACCGGUCAGGCUGUAUUGGAUGCUGCGUCCAAAGCCGCCCUAGAGGGGUUCUUAGCAGUUGAAGCCGAUCUCGAUACCCUCGGCAAAGACGCCCUUCAGAUAGCUGCAGCUGGUGGUUCAGCCUUAUCUGCAUCUGCAGAAGCCCUGGAUGCUGUUGCGGAGUACUUGGAGAGUGAUGCAAAUAAGUUGGGUGCCGCCUUGACAGCGGCUAUUAAGAGCUGGGCAAAGAAUAUCAUUUCGGAUGGUGUUGUGGUGUUCGAGGCACUGGGCAAUGAUCUGGAGACUGCUAUUGCUGCCACUUCCAUUUCUGGUUCUGUCUCUGAUAAUGUGAACGGUGAUGGAGCCUUGAGUGGCUCCGCUCAGCUUGCUCUUGCUGGGUUGUUGAAUGUGACAGCUGCUGGUACAUUUAAUGGUUCCCUCAAAGCGUCUUUAGACCUUGCUAUUGCCGGUGGCUUCGCUAUUCACCUUAGUACUGAUGAAGUCAAAGAGCUUGUUGACUACCUCGAGAGUGAAGCUUGCGUCUUUACUGCACACCUCAAAGCUACCCUAAUCUACUGGCUUUACGUGGGUGUCAAGGAUGUUCAAGCAAUUGAGAAUGUGAUUGUUGCUGAUGCUAAGGCGGUAUCUGAAUUUCUCGAGAGCGCUGCUGCUGAGGGUCUGACUGCUAUUGCUCGAGGCGCCAUAGCACUUGCUGCUGCUGGUCGUGAUAUCAUUAUUUUGUCCGAGAAAGCUGCUGCUGAACUUGCUACUAUCCUGGCUGCAGCCACCAAUCUCACUAUUUCGAUUGGCAUUGACGAUCAGUUAAUUGACUGGCUCCUUGGCAUUAAGCGUCAAGGAUAA